AAUGAGGACAAUCACUCUGGUCGUGGUUUCGAUGGCACUCAUUUUGACAAAGCAUGCUGUAGUAAAAGGUUGGUGGAUCAGUCAAGAAAAGGAAGACCACCAGUACCCCACAGAAACAGACAACAAGGUCAAAGAGAAGGUAGAAGAGGCGAUCGACUUCGUUAAGGAUGCUUUUGGAGGAGCCAUAGACAUGGGAAGAGCAUACUUAGACAUGAGAGAAGCUAACGUUAAGAACGCAGACAAGUACUUCCAUGCACGUGGUAACUAUGACGCCGCCAAAAGAGGUCCUGGGGGUGCAUUGGCAGCAAAGGUCCUCAGUGAUUUUAGGGAACUCUAUCAGAGCAGCUUGAGUGGAGAAGGACCAGAAGACACGGCUAAGGACCAAGAAGCGAACGAAUGGGGACGGAAUGGAGGUGACCCAAACAAAUAUCGACCCAAAGGUCUACCAGAUAAAUAUAGAUAAAAACUCAAAAGAAUCCUCACAACACCAGACACUGAAUUUUGAUGAAUAUGUAAAUUGUUAUUAUAAUUUCUGGAAUAAAUGUGGAUCAUAA